AUGAAUUCUCUAUCAGUUCUCGGGUUGCUCUUAGGCUUGGUCACUUACUCGGCCGCCUACUACAGAGUGUGUUACUUCACAAACUGGGCACAGUACAGACCAGGAGAAGGCCGCUACAAGCCACACAAUGUCGACCCUUUUCUCUGCACCCAUUUGAUGUAUUCUUUUGCCAAGCUCCACAAUGGUAAAAUUGCUAUGUACGAGUGGAACGACGACAAACUGUACGCUCAGGUACAGGACCUUAAGAAAGCCAAUCCUGCUUUGAAAACACUCCUCGCCAUUGGUGGAUGGAACCACGAGAAUGGUCACAUGAGCAAAUUUUCACAAAUGGUUGCUACAGCAGAGAAACGAAAGAUUUUCAUCGACUCGUCGAUUGCUCACUUGAGACAAUGGGGCUUCGAUGGUCUCGAUUUGGAUUGGGAAUACCCUGCAAACCGAGGAAACUCUCCACCUGGGGACAAGCAGAAAUUCACUCUCCUCUGUCAAGAACUACGGUCAGCAUUCGAGAAAGAGGCUGCUUCUUCUGGGAAAGACAGACUACUCCUUACUGCUGCAGUUUCUGCUGGCAAGCCAACCAUAGACACUGCUUACGAGGUUGACAAGAUCUCGCAAUCAUUGGACUGGAUAAACAUAAUGGCUUAUGAUCUUCAUGGCAUCUGGGAUAAGAAGACUGGGCACCACACUGCCUUGUUUGGUGACGACAAACUCACAGUCACAUUUGCAGUUGACUACUGGAUGAAACUCGGUGCUCCUGCAAAGAAGCUUGCUCUUGGUCUUGGUACAUAUGGAAGGGCUUUUACUCUUGCGAACCAAAACAACAAUGGCCUUGGUGCACUUUCAAGACAAGCUGGUCGCAGGGGCCAGUUUACACGAGAAGCUGGUUUCCUGGCUUACUACGAAAUCUGUCAGAUGGGACUUACAAUGGUAAAAGACAAUCCUUCGGGUUCACCAUAUGGCUACAAGGGCGACCAGUGGGUUGGAUUUGAUACGCGAGAGAGUCUCAUGGACAAAGUUGCAAUUAUCAAGGGCAAAGGACUUCUUGGGGCUAUGUUUUGGGCCUACGACUUGGAUGACUUCAGCGGUAAGUUCUGUGGACAAGGCCCGUAUCCAUUAAUGAACGCAGUUAAGAAGGCUCUAGAGAGCGAUGUCGUACCCACUUUCCCACCAGAGCCAACCCGGGGUCCAACUGACGCACCAGUAGUCACUGAUGGUCCUGUGGUUACUGAUGGCCCAGUCGUUACUGAUGGACCACAGCCAACAAACCCACCAAAUCCAAACGGUGUUUGCAGAGCCAAAGGAGCUUGGGCUGGAAAUGCUGGAAUGGAUGCAUGGUGUGCAGCCAAUUGCGCCAGAGGAAACUGUCCUUCUACCCACUGUACUUGCGAAUAGAUAUUUAGCAUUAUCUGACAUGUAAAAGAAAAUAAAUCCACGGGAAACGUUA